AUUAAAAUCUCUCUCUCUCUCUCUCUUUAUUCUCUAGUCUUUACUUUGGUCGUUCACAAUGAAAAGAGGCAGCGUCUCGUUUCUCUUCGUUCUUCUCAUCGCCACCGUCACUUCCGUUCUAUGCUUCCGUGACGGAAUGUUACCAAACGGCGACUUCGAGCGAGGACCAAAACCAUCAGACAUGAAAGGAACACAAGUGAUAAACAAGAAGGCACUUCCAAGCUGGGAGCUAUCAGGCUUCGUCGAAUACAUAAAAUCCGGUCAAAAACAAGGAGACAUGCUUCUCGUCGUCCCCGCCGGAAAAUUCGCUGUCCGAUUAGGCAACGAAGCAUCGAUCAAACAGAGGCUUAACGUAACAAAAGGAAUGUAUUACUCGCUCACGUUCAGUGCAGCGAGGACUUGUGCUCAAGACGAAAGGCUCAACAUAUCAGUGGCACCUGACUCGGGCGUUAUUCCUAUACAGACGGUAUACAGUAGCAAUGGAUGGGACCUCUACGCUUGGGCGUUUCAGGCCGAGAGUGACGUGGCAGAGAUCGUGAUUCAUAAUCCUGGUGAGGAAGAAGAUCCUGCUUGUGGUCCACUCAUUGAUGGUGUGGCCAUCAAGGCUUUAUACCCUCCAAGACCUACCAACAAGAAUAUAUUAAAGAACGGAGGAUUUGAAGAAGGUCCUUAUGUACUCCCAAACGCGACAACCGGCGUUUUGAUUCCUCCCUUCAUAGAAGAUGACCACUCUCCUUUACCCGCUUGGAUGAUCGAAUCACUUAAAGCAAUCAAAUAUGUUGACGUUGAACACUUCUCUGUCCCACAAGGGCGUCGAGCCGUCGAGCUCGUUGCGGGCAAAGAAAGCGCAAUCGCUCAGGUGGCUCGGACCAUCAUCGGGAAGACUUACGUGCUUUCGUUUGCGGUUGGAGAUGCGAACAACGCGUGCCAAGGUUCGAUGAUAGUCGAGGCGUUUGCUGGAAAAGACACUUUGAAGGUUCCUUAUGAGUCGCGAGGGAAGGGAGGGUUCAAACGCGCUUCUAUGCGGUUUGUUGCGGUUUCAAACCGCACGAGGGUUAUGUUUUACAGCACGUUUUAUGCGAUGAGAAGUGAUGAUUUCUCGUCUCUGUGUGGCCCCGUGAUCGACGAUGUUAAGCUCCUCAGCGUUCGUAAGCCGUAAAUGGUCAUUGUUUAAAUUUUGAAAUUAAGUUUUUCGUAUUAGGAGUGUGGGUUUUUCUUUUCUUUUCUUUUAUCACUGGUGUUUUUCUAAUGAGAUGGUUGAUAUACUGAAAGAGUUGUUGUGAUCUAUAGAGUUUUAUAUAAGGCAGAAAGGUCUUGCUUAUAUCUAUUUUCUUGUAUGAGAAGGCUGAAGAAAUGUUGUCUUUUAUUAUUACUAGUAUACUGUGUGUUGAGGAGAUCAGGUGA